AUGGCCCCUACCAUUCUCAUCAUUGGUGCCACGGGCAACACUGGCCAAGCUGUUGUCGAAACGCUGCCAAAGUUGCUUCAAUCAGGCAAUGCUCUAUCUGAGUACCGUAUCAUUGCUCUUACUCGUUCCCUGAAGAGUCCAGUGGCACAAAAGCUUGCCAAAUUGCCUCGGGUUGAAGUGAUAGAGCAGAACUGGGUUGAAAUUACACCUGAAUGGCUCCGUGAACAUCAAGUGACCAGAGCAUUCAUUGCAUCACACAACGAACCCAAUCAUUUCGCUGAAGAGUCUACAUUCCACGUUGCUGCCUUGAGCGCCGGUGUCAGAUACGUUGUGCGGAUCUCGACGACUGCUGCAAAUGUCCGCCCGGAUUGUGCCGCUUACUACCCCCGUGCACACUGGGCGAUCGAGGCUCUCCUGGACUCUCCCGAAUUCACCAACCUACCGUGGACUUCUCUUCAGCCUAACAUCUUUAUACCUUCCUACCUUUUGAGUGCCGUGGAAUAUAUCAAACAAUACCGCAAAACUGGAAAGCAGGGAACGCUUAAAUUGAUGGCGUCGAAGGAUGCACCCGUCGGUGUUAUUGAUCCUUACGAGGUUGGAGUCUUUGCAGCUCAUCUCUUGUCCCAAGAAGAUAUCACUGUGCACAACAAGGCCAAAUAUGUUCUCAAUGGACCAGAGGACAUUACCGGGAAGCAGAUAGUGGAUUUGGUCGAGCAGCAAAUUGGUACACAGGUUGAGGAUGUCACCUAUCAAGACAUGUCGUUCCUUAGCAUGCUCUAUGAGUACAAUUAUGUGGCAACUCGUCAAUCAAAGAACGUGAUCUAUUCUAUCAAACAUGCUCCGGAGACCGCGUGGGAAGGAAAAUGCACAGCUUCAACCACGAGCAAGGCAGUGUUGGAGAUCGCUCCACCCAGAAUUACACCUGCUGAGGUGUUGAAGCGUCUUUUGGGGGAGUAA